UGCCCCAUCUGGAAAGCUGUGUUUGAGAGCCAGGGAGGAUUGGGAAGAGCAUCAGAAGCCAUCAGGAGACUUUGGCAAAAGCAUCUAUCAUGAGACAGAUCUGUACUAAAGAUGGGCCGUCGAGCCCGCCAAGACCUCUUUACAGAUGAAAAUCUCAGCAGGAAGAAUUCCCCGUCUGCUUCUCUUGGAGAGGAUGAAGACUCUCAGGAAAAGGUUGACCAUGUUCCGCCACCUAAACCCCCACGCCGGCAAGGAGGCUGGGCAGAUGAUCCUGUACUGGCACCUACCAAGUCAGGAAAAAAGCACACAGAAGAAGUAGAAGACCAUCGUCUCAGACAGCAGAGCCUGGAGGCAUCAGAUGAUGGAGGAGAAGACAUUCCUGUGAUCCCUGACUUGGAGGAUGUCCAGGAGGAAGAUCUUGCCAUGCAAGUGGCAGCUCCCCCCAGUGUGCAGGUGAACCGAGUGCUGACCUACCAUGACCUGGACAAAGAUCUGAUGAAAUAUGCUGCCUUCCAAACUCUGGAUGGGGAGGUAGACCUGAAGCUCCUCACCAAAGUUUUGGCUCCAGAACAUGAACUACGAGAGGAUGAUGUCAGCUGGGAUUGGGAUCAUCUCUUCACAGAGGUGUCAUCAGAACUAGUGACUGAGUGGGACCUGGGACAGUCAGAAAGGGAGGACCACCUCAGUCUCCCAUAGAGCUCUGACCCACCAGAUGUCUCAUACAUCCAUUUCCUGUAAAUAGUUAAGCACUUUAAUUUUCUAUUCACUUGUUUGUAUUUGAGAAUUUAUUUCAGACAUGAAAAUAAAUAGGACCUUGCUUCAUAGAAAAAUCGUCUUGGGAGAAGUUUUGGUUAUUUUCUAAUAAGAAUUUUCAUUCUUGAAAGAAAUUAAGAAUUCUAAACACAAAAAAAUAUUUACUUAUAAAGAGUCAAUAGCACCUCUACAGAUAACUGCAAUGGUCAAUCUUUUCUCUGUGGAAACACAGCCUCUCUGGAGUGGACCAAUGUACAAUGGAGUGUGGUUUGCACUGAUGGCUAUCAGAGAGGCUUAGGCUGAUAUGACUUGUUUUCAUAGGACAUCCAGGUUACUAUCUUCCUCACAAGACACUUCAAGUCUUCAGGAUAUCUGAUUUACAUUUCAUUCACUAGCCUUCAGCCUUUCCUUGGUAGUUUUACCUCUCUCUUGGAACAUUACCUCUGUAUUGACUCAGGAAGCAGCAUCACCUAUUAAACUGCCACUUCUUACAGCCCUUCUUUAUACCUUGAGUUUUCCCAGCUAAAAUCUGACCAGGCAUAACCUCACUUAGCUUUUGCAAUCGCAUGAAACCACAGCCUGAAUGGGGAUUGCUUCAGGCAUAGGUACUUUGCAAGGAAAAUGUUCAUUCCAUGUGUGUGAAAGAAUGGAGCCUGAUGCUCACAAACAAGGUGACUCCCUGGUGGAUGUCUUCAUGGAACCAAGUAACUCACUCUUACUGUCAUCUAAAGAAAAACUCAUUUAGCUGUUAAUACCUUGUCCCUGUGGAGCCAUGGUCAUAAUUUGCAGGAAACAGUAACAUUACUUCUAAACCAAUGCCCUUCAAAGCCUUGCCAUGUUGGAGAAUCUUGCUACUUACUUCUGGGGAGAGCAGGUGCAGGUGUUGGAAGUUUGCUGUGCUGCCUUUCUUUGCUUGUUUGGUUGGUCUAACAGAGCACUGCAUUCCUUUUGUGACAGCAGGACAGGUCAAAUAGCUCACUGUGAAUUCAGUACUCCACAGAAUUUCAGGUGAGAGCUGACAUGCCAAACAACUUUAUCAACAAAAAAGAAGGAUUUGGGCCCCACUCUGGGGCCACAAAAAUAAUGGGAGGCUUAUUUGUCUUAAGGAAACACUAAGUUUUUUAUAACCAAGACAUCUCUCCUGUAACUAGAAAACUGAGGCAUAAGCUUGGGAGGCAAUUGUAUGGAAGAUAAUCCGAAAGUCUUUCUCUGAGUAGAGAAACCGAUUUUGGUAGGAGCAGAAACUUCCCAGCUGAGCUAGCAUCUACUUUUCUGUGACAUGGUUCCUGGCCAAAUAGAAUUUAGAAUGCUUUGUACAUCCCGGGAAAAAAAUUAAAUUCAGCAAACUAAAAUGGGUUGGUAAAUCAGACAAGCCAGUCUGAGAGGGGAAAAAAAAUGGAUGCUUUUGGAUACCUGCCUCAGCUGGGGGCCCUGGGCAGGGAUCCUCUGGGCUGGGAAGCAGGUAUGUGGGGGCCAGGCUUGUGGUGCCCAGUCUGGGACCUUGGUAAUCCAGCUAACACCUGGGCAGAGAUGGAGAGAAGGGCUUGAAAAAAAUGCCAACCUUAUCUGUUUUAUGGCAGGAAGAGACAUCUUUGAUCAUUUAGUCUGACCUGCUAUAAUAUAGGCCAUGGCAGAGUCCAUUGACAUGGGGCUGAGCUUUGUCUGUCUUGGGAAAGGCAGAUAAUGUAUUUAAAACUCUUUCCCAGUUACUUUCUAAUAGAUGAUUGCCCUUACAGUUUAAAAUCUGCUUUAUUUCUAGACUCGGUUUUUGAGUUGCAUCUUUUGUUUCUUGAGCCUGCUUGCUUUCACCUUUCCACAGCCAUGCUGUCAGAUAUUUUCUCCUUGUUUCAGUAUUUAUAUGCACUGGGAUCAAGUUGUCUCUUUAAUUUCCUUCAAUAAACUUAAUAGACUGAGA